UCUCGGUUUGAUAGUCAGGACUCCGAAGAAGAAAACUCGACGGUGAGACAGAUAUCUAUGGAAAAGCAGAGCUUCGAAGAGAUGCAUGACUGCCUGAUCAAGAAGAGAAUCAAUCCUCAAAGAAGAAAAGACAAAGUUUAUAUUGGUUGUGGAGCUGGGUUUGGCGGUGAUCGGCCAAUGGCAGCUCUGAAGUUGCUUAACAGAGUCAAAGAGAUUAAUUAUAUUGUUCUUGAAUGUUUAGCGGAACGUACUCUUGCUGAGCGAUAUCAAGCUAUGGCUUCCGGCGGUGAUGGCUACGACUCUAAUAUUUCAGAAUGGAUGUCUUUGCUACUACCUUUGGCUGUGGAUAGAGGAAUUUGUAUAAUUACCAACAUGGGUGCAAUGGAUCCACUUGGUGCUCGAGAAAAGGUUUUAGAAAUAGCCAGCAGCCUUGGGAUUUGUGUGUCAGUUGCUGUGGCUCAUGAGACCUUUGUUAAUGAAUCAGGUUCAGGAUCUUUGCCUGAGAAGCUGGUUAUGGAAGGUGGUAUUAGCACAUAUCUGGGAGCAGCCCCAAUAGUUGCAUGUCUGGAGAGAUACCAACCAAAUGUUAUAAUUACUUCAAGGGUUGCUGAUGCUGCGUUAUUCUUAGCUCCAAUGGUGUAUGAACUAGGCUGGAAUUGGGAUGACUUGGAGCUAUUAGCGCAGGGAUCUGUGGCUGGACACCUUCUAGAGUGUGGUUGUCAACUCACAGGGGGAUACUUCAUGCAUCCAGCGGACAAGCAUCGGAACUUGUCUUUCACAAAUCUCCUGGAUCUAUCGUUGCCCUAUGCUGAGAUUUCAUUCAGUGGGGAAGUCUGCAUCAUGAAGACAGAAGGUAGCGGCGGGAUUUUAAAUUUCAGUACUUGUGCAGAACAACUACUUUACGAGGUUGGAGAUCCAAGUGCUUACAUUACACCUGAUGUUGUAGUUGAUUUUCGGGGUGUUUCAUUCCAGCCACUAUCUAGCUCUAAAGUUUUCUGUAGUGGUGCAAAGCCUUCUGCUCAUCCCUUUCCUGAUAAACUUCUGCAGUUAAUUCCAAAGCACUGUGGAUGGAAAGGAUGGGGUGAGAUAUCAUAUGGAGGAUAUGAAUGUGUUAAACGUGCUAAAGCUGCUGAAUUUCUUGUUAGAUCAUGGAUGGAAGAGACAAUUCCCGGUGCCAGCUCACAUAUUCUUUCUUAUAUUAUCGGACUUGAUAGCUUGAAAGCUACCAGCAUCAAUAAUUAUCUAUCAACAUGGAGGGCUAGUGAAGAUAUUCGGCUACGCAUGGAUGGACUGUUCCAAGAGAAGAAGCACGCACAGCAACUUGUUAAAGAGUUUACUGCAUUAUAUACAAAUGGACCGGCUGGUGGUGGUGGUAUCAGCUCCGCUGUCAAGAAGGAGAUUGUUCUGGAAAAACAACUGAUUGGUCGCGAACAUGUUUUCUGGAAGAUAGGGGCAAAACAAACCGAAGUCGGUGAAUUAAAACAUCAGGAACAUGUCUUUGCAGAUGUUACUAAGGCCUGCAUUUCGAAUGAACCAGCACUGACACCAUCUCCACAAGAAGAUAUGCAAAAAACCGGACUAUAUUGUUCUUCAUCAGAAAUCGACUUUUCAGCAGUUUCAUCUGGGCAAAAGGUUCCGCUUUAUAGUAUAGCCCACAGUAGGGCUGGAGACAAAGGAAACGAUUUGAAUUUCUCCAUCAUCCCACACUUCCCUCAGGACUUUGGGAAACUGAAGCUUAUCAUAACACCCCAGUGGGUGAAGGGUGUAGUCUCGGUCCUUCUGGAUGCAUCUCCAAAGGCCAUUGAUGAGACAGAGAAAGGGGUGAAUGAAGAUGAUGUUAAGGUGGAAAUAUAUGAAGUUGAAGGAAUUCAGUCUCUAAAUGUCGUGGUCCGAAACAUUCUUGAUGGUGGCGUCAAUUGCUCACGGAGGAUCGAUCGCCAUGGAAAGUGCAUCUCGGAUCUUAUAUUGUGUCAACAUGUCGUGUUACCUCUGUAAUUUUUGAUGUUAAGAAAUCUAUGGAAUCGUUUACCAAAAGUUUGUGUGAUAUAAUCAAAUAUGGCCUUACAAGUUUAUAUGCCGAGGAUACAGAGAAUGAAAAUUCAGCUCAUUGGGGUUGGAUAAAUUGUUGAUUAGUUAUGGAAAACUUCCACAUUUGAAUAUUACUU